AUGGCGUUCCACAUGUACAACACUGCACGUGUCUCGCAUCCGCCGUCGCCCCAGCAAGAGGAGUGGGCUGGUCAUCUAUACGAAAUUCGACGAGCAGCAGUGGCUCUCGUGGAGUUGACUAGAUCCGCGACGGCCACGCCCCUGGUCCUGACGGACAACAACUUCCGGGUCCGGACCGGGGUCAACGUCCUGUGGUCGCACCCGGUCGACGUCCAGACGAUCUGUUCGGCCAGGAUGAACGACUACCCGUUCGACGUCCAGGAGUGCGAGAUCGUGGUUGGCUCCUGGUCGUAUUCCAACAGGCAGAUGCUCCUGAGGCCGCAGCCGUACUUCCUGGAGGAGGAGGGGGUUCACAGUAGGGAGUUCACGGUCGACAACAUCAUCGUUACACAGCGCGAGAAGAAGAACAAGGCGACCUACCAGACGUUCGACGAAGUGGUUUACCGCGUGAGGCUCAAGAGGUUCGCUCACUUCUACGUCAUCAACUUUAUCCUGCCGAUGAUCUCUCUCACCGCGCUCACUGUUGCCACGAUGUGGAUGACUCCUGGCAACGCCGGCGUGCGCGUGAACGCGAGCAGCCUGGUGCUCGUGUGCACCAUCUCGGCCAUCUUCAUCACGGCGCCGAGCCGGCCGGCCGUGCACGGGGACAUCUGGAUGGACUCGUUCCAGUCCCACUGCCUCGCACUGUCGUUUGCGAGCCUGCUUCAGAGCGUCUUCGUGGACUACGUCACCCGCGUGGGGGGCAUCUCGGUCCUCUCCACGCCCGUUCCGAUCGACUCUCUGGACGCCCUCACUCGCUUCGCCAUAUGCUGCACCUCGAUCUUCGUCAUCUUCCACGAUGCCAGUCAGGUGCACAGCCACCACCCGCUGACGCUGUACACCUCGUUUCAGUCCCGCUCCGGCAUGGCCGAGGUGAUCUUCGUGUACGCGGUCUUCACAGGGCUGCUGCUGUCCUCUGCGGGCAGCGUCGUCUGGUUCUUCUUCCUCCCGCGCGAGUGGCGGCGCCGCGCGACGGGCGGGAAGGAGGAGGACGCGCCCAGCCCGCAGACCCUGCAGCUGCCGGUGGGCAGCAGGGGCGACCGCCGGCGGAGCGGCAAGAUGGAGAGGUCGACGAGCGGGCUCUCCGACUGGCGCGUGGCGGAGAGCAGCGAGGGCGUGGUGAUGACCGAGCCGAUGAUCGUCACCUGCAGAGGGUCGCCGCUCCUGAAGGACGACGCCCUUGGCGCGCUGCGGGUGCCGCCCGCGAAUGCCGCCCUCGGCCCCCUGGGCUGCUGCGAGGCAGGGGUGGACGACGGGAAGCUGCUGGUGCUGCAGUCGGCGGACGCCAGGCCCAGCGGCGACGCGCGGCAGCUGUACGAGUUCGCCGUCUCGGCCGCGGCCUCGCGGUUGACGUGCGGCGCAGGGGCCGACAGGGUGGUGCGCGUUGUGGACGGGGUUGUGAUGAUCGUGCCGCACGGCGUCAAUGCCGAGCACGCUCCCCGCCUGCGGGUAUCGGACGCGGGCGAUGCGGCCCUGCCGCACGGCUGCGUGCCGGCCGGCAAGCGCGUCAGGGCGUGGCCAGAGGCGCGGCUGGGCGGCGACGUGUGCCUCCUCGUCCCGGCCCAGCCCGGCGCCGACGCGUUGCUCCGCUGGGCGCCCGCGGGCUCCGGGCCCGCGCGCUGGGAGGAGCUGCGCAACGUCACGUUCUGGCACGGGUACGCCAUCGUCACCGUGGGCCGCCUGGGCACCUUCGUCCCGGUCGCGAGCGAGCUGCAGAAGCUGCUGUGCGCCACCCCGGUAGAGCCUGCCCCGUGGCCCGCGGCCGAGGUCGUGCUCGAGGGCGUGGCUGGGAGGGGUCUCGAGCUGCAG